AUGGACUACAAGGAGAGCUUUGACCUGGUGCUCCCGCAGUACCCACGGCGGGGAGUUCAGGAGGCUGAAAAUCAUCGUUCUGUGGCCGCACUGUACGAACUCGUUGAGAAUGCCAUCUCCACCGCGGAGAAUUACGUGGCGUACACACAAGGACGGCUGGUCGCGCUCUCCGCCCGUGGCUCCGACCUUAUGGCAGCCGCGACGGAAAUGAAGGAGCGCUACAAGCAUGAAGCUCCGUGUGGUUGGACGGAGGAGAAACUCAUGCAGCACUGCAAGCAAGAGGUUACUGCAAAGGAAAUGUCAGACAUCAUCUCGCGCCCGCCACUUGAUGUGGCGGGGAUUCGAAGCAUCUUGCUCACUCUGCAAGAAGCCAAGACGGAGCUCCCACGUGGUCGUUUCCUGCUGAUGCGGGAUAAUCUUUCUGCUUUGAAGCCGCACCAACCUUCCGAUUUGACGCGUGAUGUUGCCGACAUCUGUGGGGCUUUGUACGAGAUCCGGCACGUUGACCUUAUGGCCGAGCUGCGCCGGGAGCUUUCGGAGCUCGACAAGGAGCGGCAAAAGGCGCAGAAGAAGCUUGAUGAGGCCAUCAGAGUACAUGAAUCUACACUGGCAAAGGGUGAUGUGGUGGAGGUGGAGCGUGCUCACCGGCAGCUAAUUGCCGCACGCUAUGAGCUGGUGGAUGCGUGUGCGAAACUGAUGCGAGAGAUCGUUGGAGAUGACAUGUCUACCCAAGAGAACAGCUUUGCUUCCGAGAUGGACGCUCUGCAGCGAGACGCAGAAGAAGUCAUUGGGCGGUUUAAGGAUGCCCUCCAUGAUCGACGCCAGGCCCUCCGCGACGACCUUCGCAAUUGUGAUCAGAAGCGGAUUGAGGAGGAUGGAAACCACCAGAAGAGCACGGAGGCUUACAACACGAAGGAGAAGGAGAUGGACGCACAACUCGGACAAAUCGUACAACAGAAACAGAAGUUGGUGGAGGAGCUGCGUCAAAAGGCGCGUGAGUUGCAGGAACUGAUGUUGAAGCAGAAGGAGAUGGUCGAGACUCAGGUGAAGGCCAAGCGGGCUGAAGAGGAGCGUGUGACGGCAUACAAUGAGUUUGUCAGCAUGGAGGAACAGCAAAAACAUCGUCUGCUUCGUUGUCUCGACUACUUUGAUCGGAUCGAGCCAGUCAUACCAGAGCUGCAGUCGUACGUGGAUGAGAUGAUCGUCCGCAUGCCACGGCAGAGUCUGCGCCAGACUCUCAACCAACUCAACGACACCGAGGCCGAGGCCUUUAUGGACGCGUACGGAAAGUUCGUCUCAUGCUGCGGUGAGCUGACGGUGAAGAAAAUGCAUCGUCUCGACACCCUGGAGCGGCAGGCCCGCCUUGUGGAGCACAACCGCAACUCUGCAAUGGAGAGUCUUGAUCCCAACAUGAGCAACUACCGCGUGGAGCUGGAGGACCUUAUCGAGCAGAUGAAGGGGGUUUCUGGCGUGAUCAACGCCCUCAACGCGACGCAAGACGCUGGAGAGCAGUUGUUUCAAAGCGUUGAAGAAGGUGUGCUGGCGAAGUAUGGCCGCGCUGGCACCCCCUUCGUGCACCCACUGCAGGAGUAUGGCAUCAGGUCGGUGGAGGAGCGCGGCCGAUUCGUUGACCGUUCCAUGCGCUACGUCGAGGAUGAGGAGCGGAAAGUGCUGGAAAAGAAGAAUGUGCUGAACCGUAUGCGGCAAGCCGUUGAAGAAGAAGAGGCUGCCACCGAAUCUGCGCUGCGCAAACCGUCAGCCGCAGCUGAGUACUGA